AUGUCCGGCAAGCACGAGUUCUGCCCAGGAGAGAAGCGGGUGAUGGUGAACAGCUACGAGUAUUUCAAAAGCCAGAAGGAACAAGGCCUCUUCAAAGGCAUCAGGACACGCCAACUGGUCUCUGAUUGCCUUGGGUGUGCUCCCAACACCGUUGACUCCGUGGUUAAUGAGAAAAAGAAUAACUCAGACACUUAUUUUGAGACAGAAAACAAUCAGUCGCCAACGGUACACGACAUCUCGAUGCAUCCAUUUAAUGCCAUAGCCGACACCUUCGACGUGACUCCAGUACGAUCUCGACCUGUUCUCGCACCGCGAGUACCAGCCGUCACAGCACUGGCCGCAGAGCGAAGAGCCCCCAAUCGACGCAAGAAACUUAAAUGGCGGACGCGUGAUUCCCAGGCUUCGCAGCUCUACAACUUGGAGCUGGACGUCAUGCAUCUUCAACAGGAAAUUCAACGCUUGGCAGAGUAUCAACAAAUUCUCGACGCCCGCACUUUCAAUCGUCGUGAUGCGUUGGAUGGCUACUACGUCAAGACAGUGCAAGAGUACCACCGUGUAUUUGAGAACGGCUAUCGUCCAGGCACCCCGCUUGAUGCGACUCACGGACGUGGCGUGAUGCUGCAUCAGUGGGAACAAUACACAAAGGCGCUCUCCGGCCUCGAAUUUCACUACCUGCGCUCUCAAGUCCUCUCGAUGGAAGGACGCACGGUCGUCACGUCCUAUGCCAGCUACAAACACAUCGUAACACGAGACACUGUGGAAGUCAUGUUCCCUGAAGCACUACGACAAUAUCCACGCAUUGUGACGAAGAUGUUGGGGCGUGUGUUCAAAGGCGUCGGCAAGUUUGACUUCGUCUUUGACACGCAGACGCACAACAUUAUCUCGUUUGACUUCGAACUUGACUUCCUCGAAGAGUUUUCUCGUUUGCUUCAGGACCCGCGCGAUCUUUGUGCCAUUUUCGAAGGAGCAAGGAUCACCGAGGAAUGUCUGAUUGGCGACGUGACUGGCUACGGGGAGGUCCCGUCGAGUCCGAAUGCUGGUCCAAUUGCGACAGCUACAGUUGAGAAAAAGACAGAGGCCAGUUUCGAUACAGAUUUGGAGGAUAAGACGCCUUUAGGGCAUAGCGACGAAGAGUGGCGACAGCCUUCGUUGACUAAUAGGACGGGCAGACGCAAGGAGAUUUGGGAGUAG